AUGGACGAUAUUGCUGAUGUAACCGAUUACAGUGAAGAUUCAUCUGCUUUAAAUCAAAAUGAAAAACUUGAAAGAGAAUUUGAUUUUGAAGAGUUUUGCAAAAAUAUUAAAAAAUGUGUUUUUAAAGAAGCAUUAAGUACUGAUGACGUUGAACUAAAAUACUAUUUAUUAGCAUAUGAACAAUUAUACAACUUUUUUUUAUUAUUGGGGGGAGCUUUUCAAUUUGUAGCAUCAGAUGUAAAAAACAAAAUAGAAAUAUUGAACAAAUUUCAAAAUGAAGAACUGACAAAAAAUGAAAAAUUAAUUUAUUUUUCAACUGUCAAAUCGAUGGUAAAUCAUGAAAUAGAAUCCAAUUUGCUUAAAGAUUCUAAAUAUGUAUCAGGUUCAAGGACUCUUUUAAGAUUACACAGGGGUUUAGAUUUUAUAAGGAAAUUUUUGAAAGCUAUUUAUGAUGCUGAAAAUAAUGAAAAACUUGGUGUUAUCGCAAGAGAAACAUAUGAUAAAACUCUAGCCGAAUACCACAGUUGGAUAAUUAAAACCUCAGCCAGAGUAGCAAUGCAAUUUUUGCCUACCAGAGCAGAAUUACUCAAUAAGAUCUCUAAAAACAAUGAAGAUAAAUUAAAUCAAAUGUUGAAUUUACUUCCUGAAGCUUUUGAUAGCAUGAAUCAAAAAGGUUAUAUUUCGAUAUUUUAUUUAAUAUCGAUUAGCCGAUAUGUGUGA